UCUUCAUGCCUGACACUAAAUGGGCAGUAUAGUAGCAAAGCAAGUCUUUGCUUUAUUGUUUAAUAAAAGCAAGUGGUAAAGUACCAUUUUUUAUAAAUGCCUUUUUAGGUUUUAGGUCCCCUGUUUUUUCAUGCCUUGAUUUCUUGUCCCUGCCGUGCCUCUCCUUGAUGGUUUUGAGGAUUUAGCAUCCUCAUCCCCCCAGUAAGAUGGCUUCAGCGAUCCUCUUUCCCUUGGCUUUGAAAUCUGGUGGUUUUCCUUUAGAAGCAAGCGACUAUUCCGCUAUAUUUGGACUUCCGUGGACUUCGUUGCAUUUCAAACUUCUAUUUGGAUUGGGUAUCUGUGGAUUUCAGAGUAAGAAUGGGACACAAGAGUUCUCAUCUUCCUGCUGCCUUGUUCUUUGCCAUUUUUGUUUGUUCUUCUCUUUGUGGAUCAAAAGACUUGAAAACGAAAAGGGGGAGAAAUCAAGCAGGCAUCCUGGUACAGCGGCAUCUCUUCGAUUGGUUGUUGGACAAAACCAUUUUGCACCCCCGAGUUAGUUGAAGACAACUGUUGAUUUAUGGCUCCAAAGGUGAGAGUUUGCAUCCUUAAAUUCGUAGUAAUGCAUUCCUCGUAGCUGCUGUAUUUUGAAUGAGUUUUGAUGUAUUUAGAGUGUAAGUAUUCGCUGGCAUUUCUGUUUCCACAGGGGAAAUUAUUUGACUGGUCUUGACAAAGGGGAUUUGGACACACUUUUUGUGUUCCCAUUCGUAUUUCGUCUUGAAUACUUGCCAUAUUUUCUAAUUAACACUUGUACAAAGUAAUGCUUUUCCCAAAAUCUUUUGUAGUUUUGACUUGUCUUCUAGUCCAUUGGGUGUUUUGCCAUGUGAAUGAGUUUUCUAAAUAAUUUGGCAGCAAGCUUCUCCUUCUUUGUAGACUUGGGAUAACAAGUGUUUAAUAUAAAGGCUUUGAACCUUCUCUUUUUUUUUUUGUCCCAUCUUCUCGUGGCAAAGAAGGCUUUGAACCUUCUUUUAAAUGUUUGUGGCAGAAAAGCAGGUGAGAAAUUUUGACAUGAUGAAAACACUCUGUUCUUUCUUCACGUGACAAAGAAGGCUUUGAACCUUCUUUUAGCUGUUUAUUCAAAAAAUGGGAAAUUUCCUUUCUUUCCUUUUUGUCUUGUAGUAGUCUUUGGUCAAGAGUUGUGUUUGAAAAACUUUUCUUCUUGUGGAGUUGGACCAAGCAGGAGUCGGUCAAGGGGAGCAAAAGUUGCAUUUUACUUCUUUUCCCUUGUUUAUUUUGUCCACAAAUGCAUCUGUUUUCUCAUUGGACCGCAAAGAAUGACUUUCAUUAGACCUUGAUUGGAACUUCAUGGGGUGGUCUAGGCCACCCCGAAGAAAUUCAUGGGAUUCUAGCAGCGGCGAGGAGCGGAGCUCUUUUGCGUUUUUGUUCUCUUCAUAUUUAGACAGAAAGAAAACAUGUGGCUGCUGCCAUUUUUUUCUUUGGACUGCUUUGUGUUGUUUUUGCAGGUAUAGAAGAGUAGUCGGACUAUCAUUUAAGAAACCUUCCCUGCAUAAAAAACCUUUUCCGGCAGUUUUCUUGUAUAAACUGAAGGUUACUAGUUCUGAGUGUUUGGUUAUGCACCCUUUUUCUUUACUUCCAUCUGCAACACAACAUUGAACUAGAGAAAUAAAAAUAAAUUAACAGAACUUAUUUCAUACCUGGUAAUGAAUGUUCUUCUUUUUGAUCUUGACUCGAAUGCACGAAUGAUUGGUCUCUUUGUUCUCUUUUCUGGCAGCAGUUCGUUGCCUUUUGAUAUUUCUCUCAAAGUUGCUUUUAUUUUCUGCAGAGUUUCCCCUUCCUUUUUUUGUCUGUUUUACUUGCUGCAGGUGAUGCCUAUUUAUAGGUGUCCCAAGAAAGCUCUAGAAUUUGUUACGUGGGGAAGAUGGAGGUUCUAACCUCUUGUCACUUUCCCUUAACUUCUCCCACUAACUAUGCAGUUUUUUUUUAUGCCUUGCAAAAAAAUCGGCUUUGCACAGUUUCCUCCCCCUUUUGUAGGAAGACAU